AUGGGGAAACACCUGGAGGAGAUCAACUUUGCACUUGAUAUGACUUUCGAGACGAUCCGCCGCUGGAUGGAUACAGUAGGCCUGAAGUUGGCGCAACACAAAACGGAGGCCAUGUUGAUCACAAGCAGGAAGAAGAUCGAGACAAUCACGCUGCAAACCGGAAAUUACGAACUCACUUCGCAGCCGUCCAUUCGGUAUUUGGGGGUAAUGAUCGAUGCCCGACUCAACUUGAAGCAGCAAGCAGAGCACGUGGGCAUGAAGGCGCCUGGGGUCAGAGCGUCCCUAUCGCGCCUCAUGCCCAACGUAGGACGCCCUAAGCAGAGAAGACGAGCGCUACUAUCGUCGCUGUUCAUGUCGGUGCUCACGUAUGGCAUUGCCACCUGGGCUGGCGCUUUGCAGACGCAGGAAUCACAGCGGAAUGUGGCACCAGUCUACCGACUGAGCGCCCUCAGAGUUGCCAGUGCAUACCGCACUGUGUCCGAGGAUGCAGUGUGUGUUUUCGCCGGGAUGUUGCCCAUUGAAGUACUAGCCAAGGAACAAAGAUCUCUGUACCGGCGGAAGAGAUCUGAAGUACUGAGUCCCGAAGAACUGGCGAUAGAAGAGAGGCGAAACAGCUUAAAACGAUGGUAG